AUGUCUUUCUUCUGUUACGGCCUGACUACCUGUGGGGUCGUCUGGAUUGCAGUCGUAUAUGUACUUGUUGCUAAGAGCACCUUUGCUCUCUGUGCUCUCACAGUUCUUACUAGCUUGCUUCUGUGCUACCUCGUAGUUGCCUACAUGACUAGUCUCGCGCUGCCUGCGAGCCUCCUACUCGCGUUGUCCUUAACGUUCGUAGUUCUUCUGCCCGUUCACACGCUUUCUUGUCCUGAGUCUACUGGUAGACUGCUCUUCUUCUUCCUUUCUAUUUCUGCUCUUCUUCUAACUAUGCUGAAGGUUUGCUUAGCGCGUAAGAGUCGUUGUGUUCUAGACAUUUCGUCUAGACGUUGUUUAGAGUGCACUGCGAAGAACUGCGACCUUAACCGUCGUUCUAAGGACUACGACGAAGCAGUAGCUGCUGCUGACCACAGAUUAAGGACGCUGCCUGUCGUUAAAUUGCUUACGCCUGUUAGACCGCUGAGGCAGCUCUUCCUAGCUCAGCGCUGGGUUGCGUACCAAAAACUCUACGUUUUAGAACGCAACGAAGACGCUGCUAUUGAGGAGCUAAACGUCUUAACGCUCUUCUUGCAAUGA